CCCUAAAUGUAUCCCCUUUAUCUAUCACCCUUACCAUCGGCCGACCAUAACACCUCAAUCUCUUCAAUUCAACUUCAACCCAACUCCGUCCUCCUUCUUCUUCACCGUCGGCCACUUCUGCCUCAUUCCUAUCACCGUAGCCCCCAAUGAUGGGUGUAGGAGGAAGCUUGGAUACGAGAUUUAAAUGAUCUAUGCAAGGCAUAGAUUGAGUUACUUAGGGUGUCGAGGCCCAAAAACAGCUUCAGGCACCGACACCCUCAAAUCUGAAACUCUCAUUGUCGUCUCAAUGUCACCCCUCGCCACCGGUCGCCUCCCAUCGCAGCCUCCACCUCCGAUAAUCGUCAUUCGUCCACAGUCAACACUCGACACAGUGUCCCUUAGGGCUCAGUCCUCACAUAAUCAGAUGACCAUCCACUACAGACGGCUACCGCAUGCUGCUUCCUAUCUUAGCCUUCGCCUUCUGUCUGUGCCACUGACGACUUCCUUAUUAAGGUGCUCAAAAUUUGUGGGAGUGAUGUUCAACCCUUGAAGGUAAACUGCCCUUCUAACUUAUAAAUCCUAUCACAAAAAGAUGCUUAAUUUAGUUUAUUGAGGUGAAAUAUGAGGGAAUGCAACUGUUAAAACAUGUCUUAUUGGAUUUGGAUACAUUUUUCUUUUGCCACUGAAAUCCAUGAUAGAGGAUGGAAUCACAAUUUCGUUUCAUUCAUUUGGGAAUCACAGUUUUUUCCCAUUUGAUGUCAACUCUCUAGCUCUCUCAAUUGGUGAUUUAAUCAUUUAUUAAAUACACGUAAACCAUUUCUUUUAGUUUUUCUUAUUUAUUUGUUUCCUACGCAAUAUGCAAAAGGCGAGAAGCAGGGGUAUUUUAUUUCUAGUAUAUUGUUUGGGCUAAUUCAUUUUUUAUCUCCCAUUUGUUGUCUUUUUCUCCUAAUUGCUCAGUGUCACAUAUGGCAAAGCACCAGGUGAUUACACGACUCAAUAACUUGGUUCAUCUUUAACUGUUUGAAGCUAAAAUGUCAUUUGGUAAUCUUAUGGUUUUUGUUGGUUGAAAUGAAAGAAGAUGAUUAUUUGAUUUUACUUUUUUUUUCUGUAAUAUAUAAAAAGGGUUAGUUGACAUUAGCACAAUGCUUGAAGAAGCUGUCCAUUAUGUGAAGUUCUUGUACCUUCAAAUUAAGUUGCUAAGCUCAGAUGACAUGUGGGUUUAGGUUUUGAAGAGGAAAAGAAAGAAAACAUGGAGGGACGAUAGUAUAUUCUAGUAGAAUGUAUUCAUACAGAAUGUCAUUGACAUUGUAUUAGAAUGGAUUAACAACAAUAUUCUCUCAGAAUGUAUUAGUAUUUUACCUUGAUUUCAAUAUAUCAUUCUAAGAAUGUAAUAUAAAAAAUUGAACUUGUAUCC